CUUACUACUCAAAACAGAAGUGAGGAAAGACUAUUAUUAUAACUUGCAAAUGAGCGCAGCAUAAAGCGCAUUUUUUCCAGCUGUGUAUAUUCAGCUAUGUCCACCAGAGGGCGCCAUUUCAACUCUGUAUUAAAGGUUGAGCAGAUCAUCUGGGUGGUGAAAUGAGGAUUCACAACAGAGCAGAGCUGUCAGACUUCCCUAACACGAUGUACCCCGCCUUUCGCCCGUAGUCAGCUGGGAUAGGCUCCAGCUUGCCUGCGACCCUGUAGAACAGGAUAAAGCGGCUAGAGAGUAACUGAAUGUACUUGUAACACGUAAACUAACAGAUAUAAAAAGCUGUUCAUGAGAACCAGACCAUGUUGGCUCUAAAAGCCCUAAGUGUAUGUGAGCUGAGCCUGUGCUGGGCUUUCUUCAUCUUCCUGUAUGGAGUGCAGUCUGGUUCCAGUUUGACCAGUAAAACUUUGGAGCUGAUGUCUAAAUACCGACUGAUAGAUGGACACAACGACCUCCCUUUGCACCUCCGCAUGCGCUGGAAUAACCAACUCAGCAAGUUUAAUGUGUACCACAGCCCCAAAACAGCUACAGAUAUUACCCGACUCAAAACGGGCCAUGUUGGAGGACAGAUAUUUGCAGCGUAUGUGUUAUGUACAGCUCAGGACAAGGACGCUGUUAGACUGGCAUUGGAGCAGAUUGAUGUGAUACGACGUAUGUGCACUGAAUACCCAGAGCUGGAGUUGGCUACCACUGCUGCAGAAGUGAAUGCCUCAAAGAAGAUAGCUUGUUUGAUCAGUGUAGAAGGAGGCCAUGCAAUCGAUAGCAGUCUACCAGCUUUACGCAUGUUCUACCAACUGGGAGUGAGAUCUCUGACCCUCACACACACCUGCAACACACCUUGGGCAGAAAGUUCUUCCCAUUUGUACCAUUACUACAAGAGAGCCAACAAUUCCUUGACGGAUUUCGGCAAGGCAGUAUUGCGUGAGAUGAACAGGCUGGGAAUGUUGAUUGAUCUGUCUCAUACUUCCUGGGCUACAGCACGAAGCGUGCUGCAACUUUCCAGAGCUCCAGUCAUCUUCAGCCACUCCUCCGCCCACGCCAUCUGUAACAACACACGCAACGUCCCUGAUGACCUGCUUCUCAUGCUGAAAGCAAAUGGAGGGCUCAUCAUGGUGAACUUCUGCAGUGCUUUUAUAGCCUGUGGUACUCAAGCAAAUGUUUCUCUUGUCGCUAACCAUUUUGACUAUCUUAAGCAUGUGAUUGGAGCAGAACAUAUUGGAAUCGGAAGUGACUAUGAUGGAGCCAGCACGUUUCCUCAGGGUCUGGAGGAUGUGUCGAAAUACCCUGCUCUGAUAGAAGAACUACUGAGUAGGAACUGGAGUGAGGCAGAACUGGCAGGCGUGCUGAGGCUCAACUUCAUCCGAGUGUUUGAGAAAGUGGAGAAGAUACGUGAUGAACUGCGUAACAACAUUCAUCCCAGUGAGGAGGUCAUCCCCCUUGCAGAGGCCCAAAACGAAUGCCGUUUGGUGCUGAAGCAUCCGGGUAUCUGGUCAUCCACUGUGCGAGCGAGUAAUUUAAGCUCAGGUGCUCUGUUUUGGACUGCUUCUUCUUCUUUUUUAUUUUCCAUUUUAUGUUGCUACAUAAACCAAAAUAUCUGAAUUGAUGCUCAGACAACAAUUCAUUAAAAAGCCUCAAGACCUUCUUUGUGAAAAGAGCAUAGCUAGGUUGAAGAUGAUUAUAGUGAAGCCGUAUAUAUUCAAGCAUUUUUAGAAUUGAAGACCUUGUUUGGACCUGGAUGUUUCAUGCUGUUACCAGUUCCCAUCUUCAGCAUGUGCGGAGUUUCUCAGUAUGAUGAGUACUGCACUAUCUUGUUUCGAGUUCUUUUUGCUUCCAUUGUCUGAUUACCUGUGUGUUUUAUGUUAUCUAAUGUGUGCACCUAUUCCUAGUGCAUCCCAUGAAUAAUUUUUGUAUGCCCUCAUGUUCCUUUGUCACAUUGCAAAGUCUCAUUUAAUGCAAUACUGCCUUACUGAGCCUUGUUCGUUGAUUGUGUUUGGGUUUGACAUUGAUAGAACGCAUUUUAUUUUUUUAAUUAAUUUAUUUUUUUUAAUGUAUUUUUAUUUUAUUUUUACACAUUUUUGAAGUUUGUUGCUGCCUGCAUGAGAUUUGACCCCUUCAGUAGAUUAUUACAAUGAUUUUUUGGAUUAUUCCAAAUAAACCAGAGAGUAUAGGGAGUUGGCGGCACAGUGGUGUAGUGGUUAGCACUGUCACCUCAUAGCAAGAAGGUCCGGGUUCGAGCCCUGUGGCCGACGAGGGCCUUUCUGUGCGGAGUUUGCAUGUUUUCCCCGUGUCCGCGUGGGUUUCCUCCGGGUGCUCCAGUUUCCCCCACAGUCCAAAGACAUGCAGGUUAGGUUAACUGGUGACUCUAAAUUGAGCGUAGGUGUGAAUGUGAGUGUGAAUGGUUGUCUGUGUCUAUGUGUCAGCCCUGUGAUGACCUGCAGGCGUGGUUUUAAGGGGUGGGAAAAGGUGGCAGUUGCCACUGUAAAAAUAUGUCUUGCCACCACAGUUGCCCCCCUAUUUUAAAAAAGAAUUAUUUAUUAAAACACAUGUUUGAAAUUCAAUUAUCUAUCUAUAGAGAUACUAAGCCCUCAUCUCACCUCUACCUACCGUUAUUUACGUUAUUUCACACCCCACACCUGGAAUUUUGAAAUGGUUUCACCCAGAAAGAGACGUUCUUCUGUUGUGAUUCUUCUGAAUGCUCGACUUCUGAUGAGGCAACGUGCUGGAGCAAAGAGUUUGGUCAAAUUGUUUUCACCUGAUAGAACACAGUCUUGUCCUUUCUAUGUUAAAUGCAAUUUGGUACUCAAUUAUUCUUUUAGCCCAGCUAUCUUUAUUAUCAAUAUUUUUAUUACAAUCAGAGACGUUAGUUUUUCUAAAACAUUAGUUUUUUGUUGGAUACAGUAGGCUAUACAGUCAUUGGUUGGAUGUAUGGAGUGCUGUCUCGCUAGGUUCCGGUAGUAGCUAUACCUGUAAGCAGGGCCGUAACUACCAUUGAGGACACCGAGGUCAUGUCCUCGGCAUUUUUUCCCCACGGUAUUUUUUUUUUCACUCAGAAAUGUGAAAUUAAUCUCAUCUCAUUAUCUCUAGCCACUUUAUCCUUCUACAGGGUCGCAGGCAAGCUGGAGCCUAUCCCAGCUGACUACGGGCGAAAGGCGGGGUACACCCUGGACAAGUCACCAGGUCAUCACAGGGCUGACACAUAGACACAAACAACCAUUCACACUCACAUUCACACCUACGGUCAAUUUAGAGUCACCAGUUAACCUAACCUGCAUGUCUUUGGACUGUGGGGGAAACUGGAGCACCCGGAGGAAACCCACACGGACACGGGGAGAACAUGCAAACUCCGCACAGAAAGGCCCUCGCCGGCCCCGGGGCUCGAACCCAGGACCUUCUUGCUGUGAGGCGACAGCGCUAACCACUACACCACCGUGCCGCCCCUGUGAAAUUAAUAUAUGAUGAAAAUCGUUCUGACUUUGAUCGGGGGAAAAUUCUAAAUUCAGCUUGCAUCCCCCUGUUCUCAUUUGUUUGUCUAAAAAUAAAUCCACAUAAUCAUUUUUAAACGAAGCUGAAAUAUCCGACAUUGGAAACAUUUCAUUUUAGGCAGCCUCGCGAUAGUCAGCUAAGCACCAUGGGAUAUACAAGAGCUGAGAAGUGUUCUCAUCAAGGUCCGACUCCGCAGCCAGUCAGUUUGUCAAUUAGUCGUGGAAUCUGAAAAUUGACAUAAGAUGAAGAAGUCUACUACACUAAAACAAACCAAACUCAGCUUUGGAAAGUCAACAAGUGAGAGAAAAAGAAAGAGGGAAGAAGGUGAGUUAAUUUUGCCAGUCACUGACAGUUAUGUGCCGGAAUGCUUAUGAUCAUUAACAGUGCAAUUUUAAUUAGCAUUUCAAGCAACAACAGUCGAAGCCACUUAGCUAGAUAGGAUUUUUGUUUUCCAGGCGGCACAAACUCUUUUAUUCUCUCUUUCGAUUUGAUUUGGUGCGUUUCAGAUCAGAAAAGGCUGGACAGUCGUGACCUGUUGUUUAUGAAGUUAUUGGAUACUGACGAGACUUGAGCUAUUUUGCUAACUUACCAGACUAUAGGCUAACGUGAACACAAGACACUAUUGUUUUGAUCAUUGGUUGUAUUUUCGAACGGAAAUGAAAACGGGUAGCAAACUUAUGUUCACAUUUUAUUUACAACAUGAUGUACCACCUCUGACUGCUUUCUGUCAAUCAUGAAGAGCCCAGCCGCGUUCACAGCUCCUCCUCCGAUCACCAGCUGGAGAUGAGCCUCCUCUCGGGAAGUCUUGUCCCGCCCCUCUUAUUGACUCCCAUCUCCAGUGAGGCUCAGUCUCCGAAUGUGGCGUUUUAGUCGGUUUUGUCCAAUAACCGUCUAGUAUUUUGCUAUUGAAAAGGGCAUAUAUUUUUAAAAAAGCAACUGAAGUCCAUUCAGGCUCGGCUAGAUUGCGUUGUCACUCACUCACUCAAACUCCAUCACUCACUCAAACUCUCACUCACUCACUCACUCACGCACACACACACACACACACACAAAAUACUUUUGUGAUCGUGCAGUUCAGAUCGCUACAUGUUCAUCUUGUUGGGCUUGUGAUUUUGACUCGUUUCCAAAAUGUAUUAAAAGUCACCAUAUUAGGACAUUUUUUUGGCAAAUAAGAUGUAUCGCAAUGUUUGACCUCGGUAUUUGAAAAAUCCUGGUUACGGCCCUGCCUGUAAGUUAUGUUUUACUUUCUGUGUAUGCUAGGCAACGAAAUGAACGCUAAUAGUUCGCAAAUUUGUUUCUUUUAGUUAUACAGAUGUGUUCAUCCUCGAUUUCUGUAAAAGUUUGAAGUCUUCAGUAAAGAUCCACAAUCUAAA